UAUUAAUAAAAAUCCGAUCGAAAAAAAAAAAAAAAACUUUAAAUCUGAAUAAUAAACGUCAUAUUAUCCCAUUCUCUCCGGCGAGGGUAAAAUAAAAAAGUUAACCCUAUUGAUAACCAAAAACACUCGGAAGAUGACGGAACCGGUCAGCACCGGCCAAACAGACGAUCAAGAAGUAGGAACGCCGGAUAAUAUGGAGGAGAGGAAUCCAUCCCCGAAAGCUGUUAGCCGUAAGGAGAAGCGGAAGGCGUUGAAGAAAGACAAGAGGAAGCAAAUAAGGAAGGAGCUAGCGGAGAAAGCUCGCACCGAGGAGGAAGCUCGGCUCAAUGAUCCCGAAGUGAAACGAAAGAUUGAACUGGAAGAAGAGAGGGAGAAAGAGAGAUUAGAGAAGGAAAGAAAGGAGUUUGAGGAGAGAGAGCGGAUUUUUCUCGAAGAGUUACAAAAGAAGAAGGAAGAGGAAGAAGAAGAAGAGCGAAGGAAUGCUGUUGAAAGAGAAUCAAAGCUAAAACAGGAAGGAACAGAGGAGGUCUCGAAUGAAGAUGAUGAUGAAUGGGAAUACAUAGAGGAAGGGCCUCCUGAAAUCAUAUGGCAAGGAAACGAAAUAAUAGUGAAGAAGAACAAAGUCAAAGUGAAAAAGAAAGAGGCCAAUGAAUCUACCCAAAAAGAGGAUCCCGAUAGACCUACAUCAAAUCCACUUCCUCCACAAUCUGAAGCUUAUGCUGCUUUUAAGAAUGCACCCAUUGCUUCAACAGAGUUGCUGGACACUGUUGCACAGCAAGUCCCAAACUUUGGAACAGAACAGGAUAAAGCUCAUUGUCCAUUUCAUAUUAAAACUGGAGCAUGUAGAUUUGGCAUGCGUUGCAAUAGGGUUCAUUAUUACCCUGAUAAAUCAACCACAUUGCUUAUCAAGAACAUGUACAAUGGACCUGGGCUUGCUUGGGAACAAGAUGAGGGACUUGAGGUCUGUUGUUGGGUUCAGCCUGUGUUUCGUAAUCUUUCCCAAGAUCCACACCGGAAGUUCAUGAAUUUGGCUUUUUGA